GGAGUGCCCAAGCAGGCUUACUGUUAGAAAAAAAUCCUAUAUGGAAUUCAGACAGGUGGCCCAUCUCUGCACCUCCCUGAGACGUCUAGCUUUUCCAGGUGACUUCUGAAGUAUGGCUCACCACAACGUUUCAUCCUGCAGUCCUAUACUGACACCCCAUUUAACCAGGCUCUACUUCCUCGUACUCAUUGGAGGGCUGGCGGGCAUCAUCUCCAUUCUGUUCCUGCUGGUGAAUAUGAACACCCGAUCUGUAACUACCACAGCAGUUGUUAACCUGGUGGUGGUCCACAGCGUUUUUCUGCUGACAGUGCCUUUUCGCUUGACAUAUCUCAUCAAGCAAACUUGGAUAUUUGGGUUGCCCUUCUGCAAAUUUGUGAGUGCCAUGCUACACAUCCAUAUGUACCUCACAUUCCUGUUCUAUGUGGUGAUUUUGGUCAUUCGGUACCUCAUCUUCUUCAAGCACAAGGACAAAGUGGAAUUCUACAGAAAGCUGCAUGCUGUGGCUGCCAGUACCGGCAUGUGGCUGCUGGUGAUUGUCAUCGUGGUACCUGUGUUUGCGUCUCAGUAUGGAACUCACCAGGAGUACGAUGAGCAACACUGUUUUAAAUUCCACAAAGAGCUUGAUCGUGUAUAUGUGCGAGUCAUCAACUAUAUGAUAGUUACUGCUGUCAUAGCCACUGCGGUGGUUCUCCUCGUCUUCCAGAUCUUUAUCAUCAUGUCAAUGGUUCGGAAGCUACGCCCCUCCUUACUAUCCCACCAGGAGUUCUGGGCCCAGCUGAAAAACCUAUUUUUUAUAGGAGUCAUCUUUGUUUGCUUCCUUCCCUACCACUUCUUUAGGAUCUAUUACUUGUACACGGUGGCACACUCACGUGACUGUAACGACACUGCUGCAUUUUAUAAUGAAAUCUUCUUGAGUGUAACAGCAAUUAGCUGCUUUGAUUUGUUGCUCUUUGUUCUUGGAGGAAGCCACUGUAAGCAAAAGAUAAUUGACCUAUGGAAUUGCCUCUUGUGCCAUUAGCCACAAACUUCAGUAUUCAGAACUCUUUUAUACUGGGAGUAGAAAUGGGCAUAGAGAGGUAGGAAGGGUUAUUUCAUUACUUGAUUAAAGUCAUGCCAUAAUGCGGCCAAUCAAAAGGACUAUAAAAUGUUAGAACGUUCAUUCCAGUCCUUAUUUAAUCCCUACCACCUAUAUGCACAAAUGAUGCAUAUAGAAAAACUAGUGAUGUUUAGUCCACCUGGAGUUGCAAUACUGCAUUAUUUUCCUAUAUAAAAAGUCUACUUGGCCCAUCUGGGCACCAUGAGUCUAAUGGUUUCUGAGCUUCACCAGCUUAGUUUAGUUUCAUCAGUUUGGAACAUGACCUUAUUUGGGUUUUGCAUUGGAUUCAGCCCUCUAGUUCUUUUCAUUCCACUUAACCUGGGGUAAAUGAACCCUGGCAAUAAAUCAGCCCCAAAGAUACAAACACCAGUUUGCUGAUGAGAUAAGAUAUCCAUUCAACUCCCAUCCUGACAAAC